GAAUUGGAGGGAAGAAGCAGAUAAGAUGAGAGAAGGUAAUGGCCUUACACUUGCAACCUUGCUUUACCAUUACCAGCAAAAGCAAAACCCAUCGCCUACACCGGAUUUAUCAGACACAAUAUUCCGGUGACCGAAAAGAGAGCAGCUCACAGGAGGAAACACCCCGACUGGGGAAAUCUCCAGCGGAAGACUUUGCACCCUUAGCUUCUGUGUUUAGGUGGCGGCUUCUUACCGGUGUUGGCUCUGCUUCCCUCGUUGCCCUCGGCGCUAACUUCACUGGAAUCACAAGCUUUCUUCUGGGUCUCUCCCCGGAGACUGGGAGGAAUCUGAAGCUGGACAUCGUUUAUCCCAUCGGUGGUUACAAUCGUUCCCUCGACACCUCCCAAGGCUUCGAAUUCAUCUAUCCAGUGAAUUGGGUGGGAGAUCAGACACUGUUGUACAGAGCAAUCGGGAAGGCAGAGUCUGAGAGAUCCCUCGACCCUCCUCCCUUAAUCAACAACCAAGCAAUAUCUCCCUCACGUCGUCGUCGCCAGGAUUUCAGUGACCCCGUGGUUGCAUUCGGCCCUCCAGGCUCCAACGGGGAGCUUAAUGUCAGCGUCAUUGUUUCUCGUGUUCCUCUUGAUUUCUCAAUUGAAGCUUUUGGGGGGCCAAAAGAAGUUGGGGAGGCAGUGAUGAGGACAAUUGCAGGAGGAGGAUCAUCAGGUCGAGGAGUUGCAGAUGUUAAAGCAACUCUCAUGGAAUUAACAGUGAGAGAGGAUCCAACGAAGAAAGUGAAUUACUACAAACUGGAUUUCAGGGUGGAAGGCUCCUCGUUCCGCCGUCACAAUGUGGCGAUUUGCUGUGCUCGUGGUGGCCGGUUGUUCAGUCUAAAUGCGCAAGCGCCUGAAUCUGCUUGGACGGACAUCAAACCAGUCUUCUACACCAUUGCUGAUUCUUUCAUCAUUACCUCUUAAGAAAGUGUUAACAGAUGCCUCUAUCCUCAUCAU